UUCCAUCGGUUCCAAGAUCCUUCUUUAGAAGCAGGUUGAUGUAACCAACAGCGCUAAAAGAAAAGGGGGUUCUUGCACAGCAGCGCGCGCUCAUGGCCGACGAACCUAAGCCUCCCAUCAACCUUUUUCGUGGUUGGCCCAAUCCUUCCCUCCACCCCACCUCCGCCCUCCAAGCCGCUGCCACAACCGUCCUCCUCAACCCAGCCCUCUCCACGCCCGCAUUGGGUUAUGGCCCUGAUGAGGGUGAUCCGGGGCUUCGCGCCGAAAUCGCCAAGUGGCUAACGGAGUUCUACUCACCGAACGACCCAAUCACAGCGGACCGGAUCUGCAUCUCGGGCGGUGCAAGUCAGAAUCUGGCAUGCGUGCUGCAGGUGUUUAGCGACGCCGAGUACACGAAGCGCGUGUGGAUGGUGGAGCCAACAUAUUACCUUGCCUGUAGGAUUUUCGAUGAUGCGGGCUUCGCCAAUAGGCUGAGGGCUGUGCCGGAAGAUCCUGAGGGAAUUGACAUUGGCUUUUUGGAGAGGGAGUUGGAGAAGUGCGAGGACGGGACGGGACCUUUCGAACCGAACUCGAAGAGCCCGCGGCCGUGGAGAAAGAUAUACAAGCAUAUUGUUUAUGCUGUACCAACAUUUUCUAAUCCAUCGGGCCGGAUAAUGUCAACGCGUCGACGGGAACAGUUAGUGCGCUUGGCUCGGAAAUUUGACGCCCUAGUCAUCACCGACGAUGUAUACGACUUCCUGCAGUGGAAAUCUGAUUCACCGUCUGCAGCAGAACAUCCCAGGAAAGCUGUAGCACCUCGAUUAGUUGACAUCGAUCGAGUUCUUGAUGGAGGGCCAAAGGAUGCAUUCGGUAAUGUGGUAAGCAACGGUAGCUUCAGCAAGUUAAUUGGCGCAGGCUGCCGGGUUGGAUGGGCAGAAGGGACAGCGAAGUUUGCGUAUGGCGUGUCUCAAACCGGGUCUUCCCGAUCAGGUGGAGCGCCAUCGCAACUCACGUCGACAUACGUUCGGGAACUGCUGUCUGCCAGUUUCUUGCCAGACUAUAUCGAUAACACCCUACGCCCCGUCUAUGCCAGAAGGCACUGCAUCAUGCUCACAGCGAUCCGGGAUAACCUUACGGAACCGGGAGUCCGGCUGGUCAAAGAAUCCAACAAGUUUUCGGGAGGAUACUUUGUUUGGCUAGAGCUUCCAGCAGGGAUAAAGGCGAGUCACUUGGCUUCAAAGGCCCAGGAAGAAGAGAGCCUCUUGAUCGGAGCAGGAACCAUGUUUCGGGUGGAAGGUGACACAAGUAAUCAAGAGAGUCGUCAUAACUUAGAACGAUAUGUCCGGCUUUGUUUCGCUUAUGAAGAGGAGCAAAAUCUGACAAAGGGAGUGGAAAGGUUGGCCAGCCUGAUCCGGCGAUAUAUGCGUACACUGGAGACGUAACAGCACGGUCAUGGGAGAUCGUUGGUAGGC